CAUUCACUGUCAUGAACAUCACACCGUUAAAAUUAUGAAUUUUAUGUUAAAAUCACAAAUGGUUACGUUUUUAAGCAAACUGAGUCCCAAAAACUUCUGCUCACGAAACUUAAAAAUCCUCCUGGAGAAUAUCCACCAUCAGUGUAUGACCUAAAGCUCAACACAAAUGGUUCAUGCAGAAUGAUAAAGAUCCAAAACACACAAGGAAGUCCCUCUCUGAGUGUCCAAAAAAUAACUAAAUGAAGGUUUUGGAGUGAUUGAGUCAAAGUUUAGACUUGAAUCUAACUAAGCUGCUGUGUCAAGACCUGAAAAGGCAGUUCACGAUAGUAAACCAUCUGCUGUGGCCCAAAGAAAACUAUUCUGCAGAGAGGAGUGGACCAACAUUCCUCCAUGGUGAUGACUGAUCACAAGCUAUGACAAACAUUUAACUGCAGUUCAGCAGUUAUUAGAUUCAGAGGGGCAAUUGCUUAUUCACAGGAGUGAUACAAAUUUUCAAUAAAUCUUCAAAAAAAGAGCAGAAUUUACAUUUUGUGCUUUGGCGAUAUCUAAUAUUAAAUCAAUCUUAAUAUGUACUUGAUGAUGUGGAACAUUUAAGAAAUAUACAAAAAUAAAAGACAUCAGCAAAUACUUUUUCACAGCACUUUAUACUGAGAUGAGAUAUCUGCCUGGUUCUUAGAGCUAAAAUAGUUUAACACUUCAAGUGCAAACAGGAAGUUUUCAAAGAACACAGCAGUGUAAGAAUAAAUUAGCACUAUAGCUUCUUUACUGCAAAAAUCAGCUGUUGCACAAUUAUCAUGAAAGCCACAAACACACAAAAACGUUUCCAAAGACACUGUUUGCAGCUGAAAUAGGGGAAAUGCUUAAAGAAGAUAUUUUCUAUUAUAAUCAGUAAUUGUUAAAUUUCCUUUACCUUUCUCAGGGGUUAUACAGUAGUAAUUACUAUUUUAAUACAUGCAGAUGUUAGAAAGCAGCUCAGUCCAUGGAGAGCAAUGCAGCAGUGUUGUUUGUGUUGUGCAUGGUUGAAGUGAGUUAAAAAUGAGCUCUAUAUGCACACUCUCAUGUAGUGUGUGUGUGCUGGUUUUUCAGUUUCUCAACUCGAUAGCAAGACUUUCCUACAAGAGAGACACAAAAAGCACACACUUACAGCACUUCCCUUUAUGGAAAGUUUCACAUUUACAUCUACCAAGGACACAGCUUUUCUUUUCUUUUUUUCUGAAAACAGGCUUUUUAUGUUAAUGAGGACACUUUGUGCACAAAUAUAUAUUUUCAAAACUGUUCUGUUAUCACAGCUUUAUUUUUUUGAAAAAAAAAUAAAAAUCUGUGUUGAUAAAGGAGCAGUAUUGCUCAGUGGAGUGCCGAGGUACUUCCUGUAACCUUGUUGUUGCACAAAAGGGGAAGAAAUAGAAAAGAGAGGAGAGUAGGAGACACUUCAGAGGAGAAAGUCAGCAGAGAUUACAGCGGAGAGAAGAUCAAGACAAAGGAGAGGCUGAACAUACCAAAUAUUAAAUCAACAUGAUCAUUCUCAUUUGGGCAACUUUACUUCUCUCUGUGAGAGGCAGCAGUGCUGAAACAGCUGAAAAACAACACUGUGACAAUCGUGGAUACUGUGUCACUCUCACUGAGGGAGAACUAACAGCUGAAGCUGGACUCUGUGUUGUGAUUCCAUGUUCUUUCACCACUGCUUAUGGCUUUACACCCCAAAGUAUAGUUUGGUACAAAUGUGAGCAAUCUACACAACAAUGUGAUGAUUCUGACAUGAUAUUUCAUUCGAACAAGAAAAACCAAAAUAUUCGGCCUGGAUUCAGACGAAGAGUGUCGCUGUUGGAGCCUGAUGUGAGUCAAAACAACUGUAGCAUCAGAAUAAAUGACCUCAGUGACUCUGACAGUGGAUCAUAUCAGCUCAGAGUUAACGGUGAUCGGUUUGGAAGACCAGAUGGAUAUACAUUCUCUCAACGAGCAACUGUCUCUGUUACAGAUCUCACUCAGAAACCCUCAGUGAUGAUUCCUCCACUGACAGAAGGAAAGCAAGCCACACUGACCUGCACUGCUCCUGGUCUCUGCUCUGGAUCUCUGCCUAAAAUCAUCUGGAAGUGGAGAGGAGCAGGAGAGAAUGAUUCUUACAUUACAGGAAACAUCACUGCCUUCAAGACUGAGAAUCUGACUGCUGGGACAAAGAGACACAGCUCAACAUUGACCAUUAGCCCCUCUGCUGAACAUCACGGUACCAAUAUCACCUGUAAGGUCCGCAUUAAAGGUGGCCCACCUACAGAGAAGACUUUGACUUUGAAUGUAAACUAUGUGAAGGACAUUCAAAUCACCAGGGACACAAGCGUGAAGGAGGGUGAGAGUCUGAAUCUGACCUGCAGUGUUGAAAGUUUCCCUCCGUCUGUUGUAAUGUGGACAAAACUUACGGAGGAAAACAUACAAAAUGGAACUGAAGCUAAUCUGCAGAACGGCACUUUACCUGAGCUGCAGAACAACACUGAAACCUACCUGCAGGAAAAAAGUGCAAUGAGCUCAUUUACCAUCUUUAAUGUGACAGUAGAAGAUUCUGGUCAGUACAUCUGCACAGCGAAACAUCUGAACAACACCCUGAAGGAAACAGUCAAUGUAACCGUGAUAUAUAACAGGAAACCUGGAAUCACAGGGGUUACAACUGUUAAGGCAGGAGAAGUUCUGAAUCUGACCUGCAGCAUAGAAAGCUUCCCUCCAUCUCUUGUUAUGUGGCGUAAACUUCCAACCCAACACAACACAAGUUCCAACACACAACUGGACAGUGGAACAGAUGCUGACCUGCACAGCGGCACCGGAUCAGCCACACUGAUCAUCCCCAGUGUGACAGCAGAAGAUUCAGGACAGUACGUCUGUAUAACAAAGCACCAGGACACAACUGUGACUGCAUACACUGAUGUGACUGUGAUUUGGGUUUCAAUGAUACCAGAAAGCUCUGGAUGCGUGGUGGAGUCUGAAGUCCUGACCUGUGUGUGCAAAAGUGAGGGGUUUCCUUUACCAGCCAUCCAGUGGCCACUGCUGAAGAAGUACACUGACUACUCUGUCAAUACCACUGUGUCAAAUCACACAGUCAGCAGCACCCUAACUGUUAAAAAUCUCGGUAGCGCUGCUGUUGUAUGUAUCAGCAGCAACGACAAUGUGCAAGCAAUGGAAAACCUCCCCAUCCAAACAAGGUCGCCUGAACCACACAAUCAAUCAAAAGAAGUAUUAGGAAUUAUUACAAGGCUGGAAAUCAUCAUUGCCUUUUUGAGUGGGAUGCUUCUUUCAGCCGUCAUUUGCUGCUUGGUCCAAAAAUGCAACAGAAAAAAUCAGAAGGGAUCUGGAAAUUUGGAUGAGACUCUGGAGAUGGUGACCAGUCAAGAUGAUCCCAUGAUAAGUGAUGGCCCAGCAGCACAAGACAAUCACACCUACGCCCAAGACGGAGCUGAGAAUGGAGCUGUGGCAGCAGAGAAAGCAGCUCCUGAACACAACAGUGGGCCCAAAGACGUGGAGUAUGCCAGCAUUAAUUUCUCCCUGUUGAGAAGAAAGAGUCCCAGGGGCGCGGCAAGGAACCAAGAGAGCACUGAGACGGAGUAUGCUGAAAUUAAAACAGAAGUAAAUAAGGAAAUGGAAGAUGAUGAUGAGGAAGAGGGUGAAAUUUUAGUGGACAAAGAGGAGGAGGAGGUGAUGGAGGAAGAUGAGGAGACAAAGCCUUGUGUGGCAGAGGAGGAGGAGGAGAAGGAGGAAGAGGAAGAGGAGGCAGUGUAUUCCAAUGUGAAGGAUUUAAUGGAUGAGAUUAUGGAUGUUGGUCCAACAGCUCACUAUGAUGUAAUCCGUGUCCAAGAUGAGGGAGGAGCUGAGUCCUCUGGGCCGUCAGCGCCUGACGGUGACAUGAGACCAAAAGAGGUGGAGUACUCCAACAUCGAUUUCUCCAGGAUGAAAACGAGGAAUCCCACAGGGGCUGAGGAGACAUGGGGUACAGCAGAGACAGAGUACGCUGAAAUUAAGAAAGAAGCAAUGGAGGACAGACCGGACACCGGUGGAGAGGACGGUGAAGUGCUGGAGGGCAAUGAGGAGGAGAAGGUGGUGAUGAUAGGGGAGGAUGAGGAGGCAAAGCAGGGCAUGGCAGCUGAGGAGGAUGUGGCACUGUAUUCCAAUGUGAAGGAAGUGAUGGAUGAGUACAAAUACAGGCAGACUUCGCAACAUCUGAGUAAGAAGCCGUCAGUCAUGAUUCCUCCACUCACUGAGGGGCAACAGGCCACACUGACCUGCACUGCAGCUAGUCUCUGCUCUGGAUCUGACCCGAACAUCACCUGGAUUUGGAGAGGAAUAGAACCGAACAGCUCGUACAGCACAGAAAACAUCACAGCCAGUCAGGGACCAAACUCAACUUUGACAUUUACACCUUCAGCCAAACACCACAGCACCAAGAUCACCUGUGUGGUCAGAUGUACGGGUAACGAGACUACAGAGGAGGAGGAGACGGCGACUCUGAAUGUAACCUAUGUGAAGACACCUGAAAUCACUGGACAGACAACAGUUAAGGAGGGUGAUGCUCUUAAUCUGACCUGCAGUGUUGACAGUUUCCCCCCAUCUGUCAUCACAUGGACUAAAGACGGUGUGAACAAAAGCCUGAUCAGUGAAACUGGGCCUGGCUUGAAUAACGACACUGGAACAUCCACUCUUGUCAUUCAGAAUGUGACAGCAGAAGAUUCUGGAAAGUAUUUCUGUACGGCAAAACAUCCGAACACCCAAACGCAAGACAUUAUCGUGACUGUGAUGUAUGAGAAGAAACCUGAAAUCACUGGAGAGACCACUGUUGGAGAGGGUCAGGUUCUGAAUCUGACCUGCACUGCUGACAGUUUCCCUCCUGCUCUGAUCACCUGGACCAAACAUGGAGCCAACACAACCCUGAACAGUGGAAAUGGAACUGCCACACUCCUCAUUUAUAAUAUGACACCAGAACAUGCUGGGCAGUUCAUCUGCACAGCGGAACGUAUGAACAACAGCCUCGUAGAAAAAGUCGAUAUCAAAAUGAAGGUGCUGCCAAAGAUCCUGAAUGGUUCUGGAUGUGAAGUUCAGUCGGAGGUUUUGACCUGUGUGUGCAUCAGUCAGGGGCUUCCUUUACCCACCAUUAAAUGGCCACUGUUGGCGAGCCUCACUGAGUACUCUGUCACUACCAACGUGUCAAACCACACAAUCAUCAGCAAAGUCAUCCUAUCUGUGGAAGGCAGCAAUAGCACUUCUGCUGAUUGUGUCAGCCGCAAUGAAAAUGGAGAAAUAAAAGGGAACCUCAUCGUAAGCAAAGCAGCAGAAGAAGGUCAGAACAUGAAAUUUUUCAGAAUUGUUACGCGACUGGAAACUAUCAUCACAUUUUUGAUUGGCGUAGUGUUUUCAGCAAGCAUUUUCUGUUUGGCGUGGAUAUGCUGCAGAAAGAAAAAACAGAGGAUUCGUGGAAAUCUGUCUGGGAUGCUGGAGAUGGUGAUGAAUCAGGAGGAUCCAUUGAUGAAUGCUGGUCAAGCAGUGGAGGAAGAUCAGAUCCAGGACCAAGAGACGCUGGAAGGAGCAGAAGCUGCAGGGAAAUCGGAUGUAGACUACUCCAAUAUCGAUUUUUCCCUGUUACAAAGAAAAAAUCCAGCAGAGGCAGGAACUACAGAGACAGAGUACGCCGAAAUCAAGAAAGAAGCAGCAAAGGAGGGAGCAGAUGGAGAGGGCAAAGAGGAGGAGGCGCUUCUAGGUGAGGAUGAGGAGACAAAACACUGUGUACCAGAAGAGAAGGACAGUGAGGAUGUGGCAGUGUAUUCUACUGUUCAGGACAUACUUGACCAGAUGUAAAAAUAAUUUGAAGUUCAUCUGCUGGAGGAUGGUUAUUUCUGUAAAUUGCUGUGUUGUAAUAUCUUCUUAUUUUGUGUGUGAAUGUCAUGUGUGCCAUUUCUACCAUGGCAACUGUUGUUUUUAUUAGCUUUAAAAGCCAAACUCAGCUUUGAGUGUAGCAGAAGUGACCAAGAAACUUCUCAGUCUGUGCAAAUUGCUUGGUGAAUCAACUCAGAAGUGACCACUGUAUAGCAGUUUAUAAGCAGCACAUAUUACAUAAUGUGCAAAUCAUGUCUAGUCCAUGUAAUCCUUGUGAAAUUUGUUCAUACAAAAAAGUACAUAAAGCAAGCAACAACAAAAAAAGUUGGACACAUGCUCACACUUUCUUCUAACUGCUGUCGGAAAUUUGUGUGUUGAAAUUGCAUAAAAUUAAUUGAGAAUUUAUUUAUUGUUUAAUUGCUAUUAAGGGACUGUGCACAGGAGUGUCCUUAGUAUAGAAUAUAAUGUAAUAGUUGGGACUUUGAAGAAGCUUCUCUUUUGUGUUUGUGCAUUAAAACAUCACAUUCAAUUUUCAGACACUUGGAAUCCUUUAUCCUGGUUUUGAGAACAGUAUAUUUAUGUGGUACUCAGGACUAUUUGACUGUAAAAAGAAGACCCCCUCCAACAACUUUUCAUUUUAUUAGUGUUUUAACUUGUGUUUUUUUUUUGUUGUUGUUCUUCUUCUUCUUCUUCUUCUGUGUGUCACUCGCUCACCUGCAUGAGUUAAAGUUGUUUCUGGUGCUAUGCCAAUUUACACCAGAAGAUGGCAGUAGUGGCAAAUUAGAAAGACUGACUUCCCUAAACAGCUGAGUUCAAGCAGAAGCUGUGUACAGGAAGUCACCACAGAGAAGCCAUUGCUUCAAAAGCUGCCCUUUCUGUGUUUACAGCAUAAAGUCGUCCUGUUACACAUA